AUGCCUAAUGGCUAUCCUAGGGGCAUGUCUUACAACUUUGUGCCAGAGGGAUACCAUCCUAUCACUGGAGCUGCUCAAACUACCAUGACUUCACCCCUGGUACCUACCGUGCCACAAACUGAGGAAGCCAUUUACCAUGUUGAGCCCAAUGAAAGAAAUGAAGCUUAUGAUGAUUUCAAAGACCAAUUCCAAGAGAUGCCAAAGGAGAUUAAAGCCCUCAAAGGGAAGAAUUCGUUUGGAAAGAGUGCUUAUGAUAUGUGUCUUGUGCCAAAUGUGAAAAUACCUACCAAAUUUAAAGUGCCUGAUUUUGAAAAAAAGAUGGCCACUCAUACUGAUGAUGAUAAGUUAUUGAUCCACUAUUUUCAAGAUAGUCUAACUGGUGCCGCUUUGAAAUGGUACAUGGGAUUAGAUAGUACUCAUAUCAGUUCUUUUGAUGACCUUGUGGAAGUGUUCAUUCGACAAUACAAGUAUAAUGUUGACAUGGCUCCUGAUAGAGACCAACUCCGAGCCAUGGAGCAGAAGGAGAAAGAGUCUUUCAAAGACGCUCCGACUGACUUUACUGAAAUGGUGAAUAUGGGAAUGCGACUAGAAGAAGGUGUACGAGAAGGACGAUUGACUAUGGAAUUUGGAUCAUCAACUGAAACCAAGAAAUAUGGAAACAAAUUUCAAAAGAAGUGGAAAGAUGAAACUAUUGCUUUUGCAAUUGAUGGUGGAGAGUCUCAGAACUCACAUUCCUAUCAACCCUUAGCUUAUCAGCAAGCACCAUUCAUAUCAUACGAUCAAUAUCCGUAUGUUGCAGCCGCAUAA